CAACCAAAUUGUAAAAUCGUUGAUAGACAGUUGACUCAACCUAUCUUCGGUACGAGCAGUUUUCCUUCUCAGAUAAAGGACCUAUCACAUGAUUAUCUCAUGCGCGUCCCAUAUAAUCCAUGGUCAUUGGACACAAUUUUGAUUGAAACUAAAUUUGACCAACAGAAUGCCCGCCACUACUGUACUGACGGUCACAAAAAAAUGAACAGUAGCUAGGUUUUUAUUUUAUUUUUUAACAGUAGCUAGCUAGCUCUUUUACAAACAGGAAAACAAUACUUUUUUUUUUAACUCACUUGUUCCAUGGCUUAAAAUCCAUUAUACCGGACAAAUCAGCUGUGGACGACUACACACUGUUGAGGGCUGCUUUGGUCCAGAGUUGACUUACACUUUUGGAUGCAUGACGAGGAUCUGAAAGAUGACGACCGAGACCCACGUCAAGGACAUCAAGCCAGGACUCAAGAAUCUCAGUGUCAUCUUCAUCGUACUUGAAACAGGACGAGUGACAAAGACAAAGGAUGGGUAUGAGGUGCGGACCUGUAAGGUGGCCGACAAGACCGGCAGCAUUAGCAUCUCAGUUUGGGAUGAGGUAGGGGGACUGAUCCAAACCGGUGACAUCAUCAGACUCACUAAGGGAUAUGCGUCUGUGUUCAAAGGUUGCCUGACUCUGUACACAGGUAGAGGUGGAGAGCUGUCGAAGAUUGGAGAGUUCUGCAUGGUGUAUUCAGAGGUGCCAAACUUCAGUGAGCCUAACCCAGAGUACUCUAACAUGGACCAGAUGAAGAACAAGACUGUAGUCGGUGACCAAGGAAACAUACUGAACAACAACAAUAACAGCUCAGCUGGUAAUGAAACUACCAAUGGGAACGGUGUAAACUCUCAAGGUUCCGGGAGCUCGACUAAUCCUCAACAGGGAGGGCGGGCUGGCAGUGAUGUUGGCAGCAGAGCAGCCAAUCCAGGAGCAGGAGGGACAGCUGUCAGCAAUGGAAAGGAGACUAGACGUUCAGCAAAAAGAUGAUUGGAGCAGAAGGAAGCAAAGUCCAUCCCUCUCCAGAAAUGUCAAAUGAUGAGACUAAUGCUGCGUUCGAAGUGGAAAUUUACCACCAUAGAGUUAGGACUCUAAAUGGAUAAAACCCAUUUUGGCAUGAACCUUGCUAUUGAGGGCUUCACCAUUUUAAAGUAGUCAAAUGGGUGGGACUUCCUAUGGGUAAGGAAGCAUCACGAGGGAUGAUAGUCAAGUUUUUCACUAGUAAUUACCAGCUGGAGGGCUGUUCAAAUGUAUUUUUCCAGUCGUAUGUGGAAAACGUUAAGACAUUUGAUUUGAAUUAGGUUUGUUUACACAGAACAGAGUUCACUAAAGGUUAUGUAACCAUCAAGAAAAAGUAUUUGUGAGAAAAAUAAUUAUUUUCAUUUUUUACAAUUAAGCUGCCAAAUGGGAAGCCAUAACGUGUUUUUCAAAGUCAGGUAGUUUUCCAAUGAGAUAUCUAAAAUAUAAAAUUACUCUUUUAACUAAUGUGCUGUGUAGGCUCUGUGCAAAACGUAGCCCAAACCUGACAGAUUGAUGUGAAGUUGGAUUCAGAAAUCCUUAGUUGCUACAUCCAUUUUUGGAUGUAUAAAUAAAUAUAGAUUGAUGAAUUUAACUUAUAAAUGCCUCAUGAGCUUAGGUCAACUGUCAUACCUCAUCAGAUUCAGAACCUUGCGACAGCAGCCACACUUUACAUGUUGUACGACCGUUCAAACUGGUCUGGAAUAGUGAGCUUACAUGACAAUUUUUACUCCAAUGUUUGUAAACAAACUGUAUAGCCUCGUAACAUGGUUGAAACUACAUAUUUGGUAUCAUGGAUGGUCAGUCCUUGCAUCCAUAGAUCUGUUUAUUAAUUUGAAAGUGGUUACACUUCUCCAGCCCCAGAUAGAGAGAAAAAAAAAAAAGUUUCAAUUAAGGAUUCUGGCUUGAAAAUGUAAAUUAAAGAAAACACAAAGUAUAUAGAUAUUAAGCAAUAGCAAUUUAUUUAAACAUAACCAAUCCUAAACCACAACACUGAAUGACAAGACUCAAAUGCUGUAGCAUACAUUGUAUAAAAUCGAUCAGGUUUCAAUGCCUUGGUUUGUUAAGUUUCUCCUGUAAUGUCAGAAAGGUCAAUGCAGAUUACUGUUUCACUAAAAUCAUUAAAUCAUGUAUUUUAUACAUUUUCGGAACAUUUUGUAAGAAAUAACCAUUCAGUAGCACACAAUUAUAUAACAAGGCAAAGUGCUUUCAAGGAUUGCAAUGUCAAAAUAAUGAACACGUUGGAGAUUUGUUCAGGGUUGGAAGGGUAUUUAUGUGUGUGUGUGUUUGUGUCUUUUACGGAAUAGAUCUCUAACCCCUAUUACUGUAUCUCACAUACCUAUGCUUCAGUCAAAAAGUCAAAGGUCAGUUGGUUGGGAGAGGUGAUGGGAGUUGUGGUGGUAGCAUGAUCACAAAUUAAGGUCUAGAUUUGUUUUUCGUUUGAAGGCUUAAGGCUGGAUGCAAUACGAUUUCCCAUCACACAAACACCACAUGCGACAUAUAUCCAUAAUUUGACUUCAAUAACAGCUUUAGUUAUGUUGCUUUUGUAAUUAAGAUGCACACACGUUCUCCUAAUCUCUGGUAGUUGUAGACACAGUUGCAGCUGUAAACUAGACUUUUAGACGUAUGGCUCAACUUACACACAGUAAAAACCCACCAUACUAUGAAAAACAGGAUGAUACCUGGUGGAUACUUUCAGGACGGGGUUUUAAAAAAAACAAUCAUAAAGUACCUUGUUGCAACAAGUAUCUGAAGGAUAGAAAACAUGUACCAGAGACGAGGUUCACAUGUAUGCUACAACAGUUAGACCUUAAAAGAGAUUUCAUUUGAUCAAAAUACAGUUUGGCUUCACAUUCCAGUGGUUGUUGGGAUAUCAUUUUUCUUUCCAUGUUCAAGCGCACGUACAAACACACACACACACACACAAAAUCAAGCUCACUUUUUUUUUUUUUUUUGAGCAAAAGUGAUUAAUAUGCUUUCAUAUUUUACAGACACUAGUAUACAGUGAGCUACAAAAGUAUUGGGACAGUGAAAACCGUUUUGGCUCUGUACUCCAGCACUUUGGAUUUGAUACAAUGACUAUGAGGUUAAAGUUCAGACUGUCAGCUUUACCUUUAGGGUAUUUUCAUCCAUAUCGGGUGAACCGUUUCAAUAUUACAGCACUUUCUGUACAUAGUCCCUCCCAAAUGUGUCACUGUCACACUACUUUUGUAGCUCACUGUAGGUGGUUAUGAGCUAAGGAGACAAAGAGUAGCUGUGCAUCAAGGAGGUAGGCAAAAUAAAACAUGAUCAUAUUACAUUAGCAGUAAAAGUAACUUUCAAAAUAGCAUGGACAUUUGAGGUGAGACCAUUUGUUUUAACUUAAAUGUAUUAAUUGUAACUGAUAUAAUUUGAGGUAAUAUGGAUUCAAAAAAAAAAAUAAUCACACAAUCUCAUGCUAAUAAAACUUAUAAAAUAAAUGUUUACUGAAUGCUCUAGAAAAUACUGAAUGCAGGCAUGCUCAAGCUCUUCACCAGGCAGCAGUACUUCAAAACAGAAAGGUGCCAAAGAGAAAGCAUUUCAUGCAUUUCCACUUGAUCAUUUUGCACCUCCUAAUUUAUAGUUUGGCCUAAAUGAAGCACAAUAACACUUUCCUGAUCACCUACAGUUCAUGCUGAAGUCACAUGGGAAGUCAACAUCGGCUUGGCAUAUUCUAUCCCUUCUAUGGACUACAACCAGAUAGGGACUAUUAGUGGUUAAAAUACCUGCCUAACGUUCAACUUUAUGACCAAUUACUAACUUUAACCCAAAACUUCCAAUAUGGUGAAAACAAUUGCAGCGAAACAAGAAGCCAAUGAAAUUCUAGCAGAGGCAAUACGGACAGUCAAAGCACAUAAUAAUUCAAGGUUGUAGCCCGUAGACCGGGCUUGUGUUACAUUUUGCUUGGCUGGUCUAUUGGAGUAAACAAAUCCUAGCAUAAUACAAAGCAAUGUUCAAUGACUGAGUCAAACCGAGACGCCCUCCUGAAUAAGACGUUAAUAUAUCCAGAACCAAAGUAAAAAUAAGGGCUGUUAAAGCAAAGGACUACCAACCUCAAGCUUUCAAUUACACCAGUGCUUUACAUUUCAUUCAAAAGGUCUGUUAAUGCAUAUUAGGUCUACCCCACAUAGCACGUAGGAUACUGUACUCAUUUAUUUUCAAAUAUGCUCAAAUUAACAAUAACAUUUAAAAUGAGUCAACCAAAAACUAUUACAGGCCAUUGCACCAGAAUCUUACAUACAUCACUUGUGUUUCAAAGGAAA